AUAGAAAUUGUGAAAAAAUAGAGUUCAGUCAGGUUUAGGUGAAGUUAUAAACACAGCAUUAAGUCGGCUGCUACAUGCCCUAUGCAGAAUUGUAGCAGAGUACUAAUGACUAACCAAAUCAUUUGGUAAUUUUGGUUAGAUCGUUUUGUCAGUGUUCGUAGGUUAUCUAACUAAGUUGUGUGUACCUACAACGUAGAUAUUAAUUCUUAAACUAAAUUUGUUGAAUGGAUCAUGUCGGCAUGGACUUGGAGAGCAGAUCAAAAAUACUUACGCACUUCCAAUUAAUGAAAAAAUGUUGGCAAUCUCAGCAACAUUCACUGAAAACCGCAAAUAUGUAGGUAUGUGCGGCGGUGGAAGCGUAGUGUCGACGAGCGCAACAACCUGCGCCUGCAAGCAAAACAGCCGCGCCGGCCAGCCACAGCCAGCAGUGCCGCGCCGCGCUCGCAGCAACGCAAACGUGCCCUUAGUGAUCCGAUACCUAACUCCUCGCCCAACAAAAUAGCCAGCAUGUCCCGUAGAAGCACAAAGCGUUACCUGACGGAGGCGGAUGAGUACCAGUGCCCGCUGUCGGCCGAGACGCAGAAGAUAGCGGAGGAUGAGCUGCGCGAGACACAGAACUCGCGCUCGCAGGCCCUCGCCGCGCUGCGCAGCUGGAUGGAGCAGAACCCCAAGCUCAUGGCGGUCAGGAUGGAUUCGAACUACUUGCUGCGUUUCCUCCGCGCCAAGAAGUUCAGCGUGCCGAUGGCGCAGGAAGCCAUCGAGCGCUACAUCCUGCUGCGGCAGUCGUGGGGCAUCGCCUUCAACCAGCUCGACUACAAGCUGCCAGUUAUGAUGGAACUGCUCGACUUAGGAUACAUAUUUGUGAGUCCGUUCAAGGACAAAGCGGGUCGUCGCGUGGUCAUAUACAGGCCUGGUGUAUUCGACCCCUACAAGUACACGAACCAGGACAUGUGCCGCAUCAUGGGCACGUGCUACGAGACGCUGCUGGAGGACGAGGACACGCAGGUGCGCGGCGUGGUGCACUACGCGGACGGCAGCGGCGUCAGCUUCCCGCACCUCACGCUCUUCACACCCAAGGAGGCCGUCAGAAUUGUCAAGAACGGAGAGCGCACUCUUCCCAUGCGUCACAAGGAGAUCUACGGCAUAAAUGUUCAUCCCACCAUAAAGUUCGCGCUGGACUUCGGCAUGGCGCUCAUCUCCGACAAGAUCCGCAAGAGAGUGAAGCUCUACAGCGCGCUGGAGGAGGUCGAGAUCGACAAGAACCUGCUGCCCAAGGAGUACGGCGGCAUCAUGCCCAUGAAGGAGAUGAUUGAACUAUGGAAAGUAGAACUAGCCAGCAAGCGUGACAUGUUACUCUUGAACGACAAAAUGGCCGUGCGUCUGGAGAUGUACAGCGAGGCGGCGCGAGAGGGCGCUAUCUCCGCGCUCAAGGCCGGCGCCAACACGUGCGCGGGCGCAGACGCUGUGGGCGACGCCAUGCGAGGACUCACCGGCAACUUUAGGAAACUUGAAGUAGAUUAGUUUCCUUUAGCUAUUAGACUGAUUGUUAUGUAAUUUUAAGGAUUGUUUUUAAAACUACAUAAACAUAGAUGUGAUAUUACGUUCGUAUUAAUAAUGACGAGUUAAAAGUACAAUUGUAUUGUAGAAUUAUUGUGGGUAGUAUUAAAAUAUUAGUUUUAGGAAAGUAUUUUUCACCACAUCUGUACAAAUGAAACAAGACGCGAUAAAACAUUGUUUUCAUAAAAGUUUUCAUUCUUAAUGGUUAAGUAAAGAUAAAAUAAAUAUUUUUUACAA